AUGCAGUCCGCACCAGAUUUCACAGGGAAACGUAUGAUUGAGAUUGUUACUUACAGUAAGAACAAGAAGGGUGAGACCGUCCAACCACCCCGGCCUAGCUCGCCGAAGAUAGGCGUAGGGGAGUUCGAGGAAGGAAGAUCUAGCGACGACGAGCCGGCGUACGACGACGAGUCGGCGCACAAAUACGACGAAGAGAUGGAAGUCUUUUGCAGCGACGACGAUCACCCACAGGCAACCCAAGAGCCCUUCGAUCCGGAUGAGGUGAUCCCGUUAACGCAACAAGAGAACUCACCGAGCUUACCGGAUCUAGCGUAUCUCGAGGCAUUCAAGAAGGGCUACUUAGCUCUCAGCAGCCUGAUCUGGAAGGAGGAGGAGGCCGCUAAGCGGCCUGCCCUUAGAGAAGUUUCCUCUGGAGAGUGGGAUGAUGUCGUCCUAGAGAUUCUCGCGACGAUGCCACUUAGCUUAGUCCGGGAAAUUAUCUCUAGUAAUAUCGCCCGUGAGUAUUACAAGGGGAAGAGGAACGUCUACGAGGUAUUGAGGCACAACAAGAAAUAUCUAGAGUCUUAUCUAUAA